AUGAAGCCUUCCGGUGCCAACACAGGCUUCUUUCAGGAGCUACCCGCCCUACCGAAUCAGUUCUUUGAUGAUGCCAGCUUCCAGAGAGCAUUCCGACUCUUCGUUCCUAGCCAUGUGACAGAGCGCGUUGAAGUCGAAAUCGCCCAGCUGGGCGAGGAUGUCCUUUCCGAUCAGGUCUUUUCUUGGGUUACUGAUUCCGAGAAGAACAAGCCCUACUUAAAAGGCAGCGGGCGGGAUGCUUUCGGCAGACCAAGGUCUGAGCUUGUCGUCGGCGAGGGCUGGCGCAGCUUGCAAAACUUCGGCAUCGCCAAGGGCAUCGUCGCCACUGGAUACGACACAUCACUCGGAUCAUCAGCGCGCGUGGUGCAGUUCUUGAGAUUGCACCUAUGGGAAGGCUCUGCAUCAAACGUUCCCUGCCCGUCAGCUAUGCAAGAUGGCGCAGCGCGGCUGAUACAACUACACCUAGCCGAUGGCAACCUGGAUCCGGCCCAGCGACGAGUGUUGGAAAAUGCACUGCAGCAUCUGCUUUCGAGGGACCCGAAUGAGGCGUGGACGAGUGGACAGUGGAUGACUGAAAGGACUGGCGGUAGCGAUGUUUCCCUCACAGAGACCGUCGCCCGGUACGAACCGCCUGCGGAAUCGGCCCUGGCCGACGCCAAGGAAAACAUACCCCUCGGGCCGUGGACCAUCUCCGGAUUCAAGUGGUUCUCCAGCGCCACAGACUCAGCCAUGACCGUUUUACUUGCCAGAACUCAGAAUGGCAUUAGUGCCUUCUUUGCUCCCAUGAGGCGACACGACCCUUCUGCGAAGACUAUGGUUGGAAAGGCCAAAGGAGCAGCCGGUCAGGAGCUCAACGGCAUUAGGAUCCAGAGGUUGAAGAACAAGUUCGGCACUCAAUCCCUGCCUACAGCCGAGCUCGAGCUCGAGGGUAUGCGAGCAUGGCUGUUGGGAAAAGAGGGCCGCGGGAUCAACGAGAUCGCUACAAUUCUCACGCUUACAAGAAUUCAUUCGGCGGUAGCUGCUGUUGGUUACGUUGGCCGCGGUCUGGGCAUCGCAAGGGCAUAUGCCAAGGUCAGGCAAGUCGGCGCUGGACGAGGAAGGCGUAUGUUGCUGACGGAUAGCCCCUUGCACAUGCAAACAUUGGCAGAUAUGACGGGGGAAUAUCAUGGCUUGAUGCUACUAACCUUCUUCACUUCUUAUCUUCUGGGCUUGGACGAAAAUCCUCAAGCAGACAGGUCUGGUUUACCACCCGCACUCGCCUCCAUCACGCCUGACCAGAAACACAUUGCACCUCUUUUGCGUGUUCUGACGCCUCUCUGUAAGGCAUACGUCUGCAAGAAGUCAAUCCCGCUACUCUACAGCUGUAUGGAAGCUCUUGGUGGCGUCGGAUACCUCGUGAACGAGGAGACGGAGUACCUCAACAUCUCAAGACUCUACCGUGACUGUUGCGUGCUAUCCAUCUGGGAGGGCACCACCGAUGUUCUCGCAACAGAUUUCCUACGAGCACUGAAGCAUCCCAAGGGAGGGCAAGAGUCCAUCGGGGCAUUGGACGCUUUCUUGACUCAAAAGAAUAACUGGCCUGAGAGAACUGAGGGCAAAGCUGACAGGUGGAGUCCUGCCGAAUCCUGGAAGGCUGUCAAGGUAGCUCUGCUUCGGCAACCGCAAUCGGAGCUCGUUGGAGACGCAAGGCAUGUUCUGUGGACUGUUGCUGAAGCUCUCAUUGGCGUCUUACUAUAUGCAGACGCCAACAGGGACAAAAGCCAAGCAGCUUUCGACAUAGUUUCUCGCCAUAAAUUUCGUUCGAUCCAUGAGCUUAACCUUGGUGGAACGGCCGAGCAUUCGGAUGAGCCACAGGGGAGUAGGGAGAGAUUGGCCAGAAACUCUGCAAUCGUGUACGGCAGGGCUAAGGGGACGACAGAGCCAGUCGUGGCACCGUCAAAGUUGUAG